AUGAAGGCCUGCCUGAAGCAAUAUCGCGUGUUUCCCGAAGCUGUUCGAAGUUCGCCGAAACGACAACCAUUUUUUCAUAUUAAGGCCGACGAUGCGCAAUUCUUGCGACGCGUCGUCGAGUACGCCGUCGGCGGUCUCGGAUGCGGUCUGAUUGUGCUCGUUGUGGCGAUUAUCCAGGGGCUUCUCAUUCAACGAGCCACACAGAAUAUCGUCGACAAAUUGCGACGCGAGUACGUCGCCUCGAUUCUACGCCAAUCGGCCGACUGGCUCGACAGGCAUCCAUCGGGCGCGCUCAUCAGCCAACUAAACGAGAGCGUCAAAUCGAUAUCGGACGGUCUCGGCAACAAGAUGUGCGUCAUCGUUCGCGGCGUCUCGAUGUUCCUCACCUCCAUUCUCAUUUGCUCGUUCAUCAAUUUGCCGCUGACAUUCGUCACGAUGACGAUCGGGCCGAUAUCGGCGUUCAUUCUGCGAAUGCUCACGAAAAUCAACGAGUCGACGACGGCCGAGCUCGUCGAUGAGACGGCGCGUUUCGACGCGAUUCUCGACGAGUCGAUUCGAAACGUGCGAACCGUGCAGGCGUGCAACGGCCAGCGUUUCAUCGGCGCCCGAUUGAAGUUGGUCAACGAGCGCGCGAAAUUGUUGGCCAACAAAAUCGGCUUCUGGUCGGGAUUCCUCGACGGGUUGUCGUUGUUCGUCGUCUUCCUCAUCACCGGCCUCGCGCUAUUCUUCGGCAUCCGUUUGUUCUUCGAUGGAGUUAUCAAGACGGCUGGAGAUGUGAUACUGAUUGUGAACACGAUUUGCGUCACCGGCUACUUUUUGGGACUGCUCGGACCGCAUUUGAGCACACUUCAGCACGCGACAAUCGCAUUCAAUGAUUUGCAAUUGGUCAUCUCAUCAUCGAAUCGCCAAUCAAAUAAUGCGAAGGAGGAAAUAUCGAUGAACUCCUCAAAAGGUCAUCAUAUCACCUUCGAAAAUGUGCAUUUCAAAUAUUCGACUCGCGAUAAACAAAUCCUAAAGGGUCUCUCGUUUGAAGCGUCGCCCGGCGAAACGAUCGCCUUGUUCGGAGCUAGCGGAUCAGGCAAAAGCACGACGAUCGGAUUGCUCACCAAAAUGUAUCGUGCCGAUCGUGGCGAGAUUCGAAUUGAUGGAAUUAAUAUUGACAAUGUUGAUGAGCACGUUUUGAGAACGCAUUUUGGAAUCGUUCAACAAGAGCCGAAGCUGUUUGAAGGGACCAUCAUGGAGAACAUCAAGUUGGGACGCGAGAUUAGCGAUGAGGAGGCGAUGAAGGCGGCGCGAAUCGCCAACGCCGAUGAGUUUAUUCGAAAAUUGAGAAAUGGAUACGAGACGAAAUUGGGAACCGGCGGUGUGCAGUUGUCGGGCGGACAAAAGCAGCGAAUCUGCAUCAGUCGCGCGUUGGCCACAUCGCCGUCGGUGCUUCUGUUGGACGAGGCGACGAGUGCUCUCGAUUCGCACAGCGAAUCCGUUGUCAAUGCCGCUUUACAAAACGCGUCGAUCGGACGAACGACAAUCGUGAUCGCUCAUCGAUUGAGCAGCUUGAAGAACGCCGAUCGGAUCUAUGUGAUCGACAACGGCAAAAUAAUUGAAAUCGGGAGUCAUGACGAGCUCAUGUCGAACAAUGGGAUGUACGCAAGGUUGGCAAAGGCGCAAGACAUCGAGCAGAGCGAUCGAUGGAAUUCGGACGACGCGAUUGCGGCGGAUCGGAUGAAUUCGAUUGAGCGCCAUGAGCCAACGUCGAGCAACGAGGAUGUCGUUCGUGUUGACGAGAAUAGCGACAGAAUCUCAAUGUCAGGCUAUUGGAAGUUCCUCAAGCAUCUUCAACAUCAUCGAUGUCACGUUCUAGUGAUGCUUCUACUAUCGAUUCCGAGAGCCGCCGAGAUUUGCUUCUAUGGCCUUGGACUUUCGCUAGCCUUCAACGCAUUAGACGCCAACAAGGAUUCAUAUGUGCCGUGGGCGUGGCUAACACUCGGCGAGCAGAUACUCGCCGGCUCGAUUGUCUGGAUAAUGCACACCGUGUUGACGGUGUUGUGCAAUCGCGUUGCCAACGACGUGAUGAGCGAUAUCAAGGAAAACCUACUAGCGCGCCUUCUCCAUCGUCCCCAAUCCUACUUCGACGUUGAGUCGACGUCGCCGUCGGCGUGCAUCGCGACACUCGCUGGCAAUCUGAGCAACGCGUCGGCGUGCAUCGACCAUCGCGCCCUUCGAUUUUUGUGGUUCGCGCUGUCGACGCUCAUCUCGCUGGCGAUGGCGUUUCCGUUCGUCUGGGAGAUCGGCCUCAUCGGGCUCGCCAUCAAUGUGCUGCUGACAAUGUCGACGUUCAUUUUGUUCGGUCUCGCGCACAAAUCGCACGCGCAAAAAUCGAGCAACGAUCGAUCGAGAGAGUUCGCCGUCGAGAUCAUCGAACAAGUGCGCUCGAUCAAACUGAUGGCGGUUGAGAGCUAUUUCGAGACACGCUUCGCGCAUUAUCAGGGUAGAUCAAAAAUCUACGAGAACCGGCUCGGCCUCAUCUCGUCAAUUCAUUUCGCUCUAACGCAAAGCUACGUGUUCGUGUGCGACAUGCUCCUCUAUCUCGUCGGCGCCUUAUUGAUCUAUCAUGGGCGGUACGAGUCGAGUCGGAUUUUUCUCGCGUUCAACGGCGCCCAAAUGUCGGCGUGGAGCGUCAUGUACUUCGCGCCCUACAUUCCCGAAGUUGUUCGAGCGUCGGCGGCGGCGAAUCGAAUCUGGUCGAUCUAUGAGAAUCGUGUCGACGAUCGGAUGGCGACGACGACGACGACGCCAAUGAUUGACGACGACGUGAAACUCGAUAAUGUAUCGUUUGCCUAUGCGGCGAGUCCCAACAAAAAGGUGCUCAAUGGGUUGACGCUUGACGUCGCCAAAGGCAAAUCGAUUGCUCUUGUUGGGCCGUCCGGUUCGGGGAAGAGUACGAUUGUUUCCCUAUUAGAGCGAUUUUACGAUCCUACCGACGGCAGAAUUAUGAUUGGAAGCUCCCGAAUCGAUGAUAUCGAUAUUUCGCAUUUGAGAUCAAACAUCGCAUUGGUGUCGCAAGAGCCCGUCCUUUUCAAUGUAUCAAUUUAUGAGAACAUCACAAUGGGCGUCGAUGGGGCAACCAUGGAAGAUGUGAAGUUGGCUUGCAAGAUUGCAAAUGCUUCGCAAUUUAUUGAAAAUUUUCCAUCGGGCUACGAUACCAUCGUGGGUGAGGGUGGCGGCUCAUUGUCGGGCGGGCAGAAGCAGCGGAUAGCCAUCGCUCGCGCGAUAGUCCGAAAGCCCAAGAUUCUAUUGCUCGAUGAAGCGAACAGCGCAUUAGACGCCGAAUCGGAUCGGAUUGUGCAAAAUGCUCUACGAUCGGCUAGUCAAGGACGAACCAGCAUCACGAUUGCCCAUCGAUUGAGCACUGUUCAAAAUUGUGACAUGAUAUACUACAUUUGCGAUGGUCGAAUCACCGAGAGCGGAACGCAUUCCGACCUGCUCAAACUCAAUGGAAAGUAUGCGAAGCUUGUGGCGGCUCAAUGCUAG